AUGUUUUACCAUUAUGAGGUCACUGAAGAGAAUAUAAGUCUUACGCAUACACAGUUUAGUCUACUUGUAUCUACAUAGCCUGAGAUAUACUGCUUUUGUGCCUUGACCCAACUUCUAUGUUGAAAGAUGACACUCUGGAACCAGCUGCAGCUGCUGGACUCUCUGUAUUUAGAGCAAGUAGACCAGCUUUACGAUGAGGCUUUUCCAAUGGAGAUCCGACAGUAUCUCAGUCAAUGGAUUGAGAGUCAUGACUGGGAAUCCGUGGCUAGUAAUGUAUCUUUGGCAACCCUGCGCUUCCAUGAACUCCUGAACCAACUGGACGAGCACUACAGCCGUCUCAACCUAGGGAACAACUUUCUUUUACAGCAUAAUAUACGCAAAAUUAAGCGUAACCUACAGGAGCACUUCCAGGAGGAUCCUGUUCACAUGGCUAUGAUCAUAUCUAGCACUCUAAAUGAAGAGCGAAAGAUACUGGAAACUGCUCUUCGUACUCAAGAUAAAGGUGGCCCAUCACAGGGGAGUUUCACGAUGGAACAGCAAAAUCAGUUGGGAAACAAAAUCAAUAAUUUGAAAACGAGUGUGCAGGAAAUUGAACAAGAAAUUCAGGUUCUGGAGGAUGCGCAAGAUGAAUAUGAUUUCAAGAGGAAUACUUUGCAGAUGGAAGUUGAAAUGAAUGGCCAGAUAACAAAAGAGAUCCAGCAGGAGGAAAUGGCACUUAGGCAAAUGUUUGUUGGGCUGAGCAUGAAAAGAGAGGUGGUGAUAAAAGAAAUUGCUAAUGCACUGACUCUAGCAGAGCAGAUCCAGCUCUCACUCGUAUCAGAAGAGUUACCGGAGUGGAAGAAAAGACAGCAGAUGGCUUGUAUCGGUGGGCCGCCCAAUGCAUGUCUGGACCAACUGCAGAGCUGGUUCACAGCAGUGGCAGAGUGUCUCCAGCAGGUCCGUCAGCAGCUGAAGAAAAUUCAGGAAUUGGUGCAGAAAUUCACCUACAACAACGACCCCCUCACUCUGGGCAAGAGCCAGCUGGAUGAGCAGGCCCUAACACUCUUCAGACACCUUAUAUUAAAUUCUCUUGUGGUGGAGAGACAGCCUUGUAUGCCCACACAUCCUCAGAGACCCUUGGUGAUAAAAACAGGAGUUCAAUUCACAGUCAAGAUCAGAUCACUAGUCAAACUCCCAGAACUGAACUGUCAACUCAAAGUAAAAGUCUCUAUUAACAAAGAUUUAACAGAGAAAGACACAGUAAAAGGAUGUAGGAAAUUCAACAUUUUAGGAACGUUUUCUAAAGUUCUGAACUUAGAGGAAUCCAGUGGAUGUCUAGCGGCUGAAUUUCGUCAUUUGCAAUUAAAAGAGAUGAAAUGCAGCAACAGAACCAGUGAGGCCCCUCUUAUCAUUUCUGAAGAGCUGCACAUACUUACCUUUGAAACUCAACUCGUUCAGCCAGAACUGUGUGUUGAUUUAUCGAUCACAUCACUUCCUAUUGUGGUGAUCUCCCAUGUGAAUCAGUUACCUAGUGCCUGGGGCUCCAUCUUAUGGUACAACAUGCUCUGCAGUGAACCCCACAAUCUGACGUUCUUCUUGAAUCCUCCACCAGUGAAAUGGGAGCAGCUUUCAAAGGUCUUAAGCUGGCAGUUUUCUUCAGCCACUAAACGAGCGCUGAACUCUGAGCAGCUGAGAACGCUGGCUGACAAACUCCUUGGUCAUGAGGCCCAAUGUGACCCUGAAGGACUCAUCAACUGGAAUACAUUUUGUAAGAUGUCUCCUAAUGAGAGGGGUCUACCGUUCUGGCUGUGGAUAGAUGGAAUUCUGGACCUUAUUAAAAGACACCUGCUCAACAUCUGGAAUGAUGGGUAUAUCAUUGGGUUUUUGAGUAAAGAGCGAGAGAGGGCUUUGCUGAAUGGCAAACUCCCGGGCACUUUCCUUUUGCGCUUCAGUGAAACUUGUCGAGACGGAGGAAUCACCAUCACAUGGGUGGAGUAUUCACAGGACGGAAAUCCUAAGAUGCAUUCAGUGAAGCCCUACACUAAAUCAGAUCUGGCGUCGAUUUCCUUACCUAACGUCAUCCGCAACUACACCCUCACUGCCGCAGAGAAGAUUCCAGUGAACCCCCUCGUCUACCUUUACCCAGACAUCCCAAAAGAUGACGCCUUUGGUCGCUACUAUACCAGCUCUUCUGAUGAAGAGAUGGAGAUAGACAAACCUGUCAAGCCAUAUUUAGACAGAUACAUGAUUUCUGUGUCGGAUGAACCUUUUUCAAGACCGCGUAAGUGUUAAGAGCACAUCGAGGCAGAACUGAUACGAGGAAUGUUUCUCCACCAAUGCAUCUAAAUUUAAUCCAGAGCUUUUUUUAUGGAGGAAAGUGAAUCUGUUACUAGAAGUAUUAUAUCUGGCACACCAAUGUCUAAAAUGAAUAAUGGAAACAAAUAGCGAUACACAAAUGAUUUAUCUUUUCUCUGUACUAUAUUAGUGUUAAGGAUCUACUACAUUUAUUCUCGACUUGUGUGAAGAAGAGGAGCCAUUUUCUUUUGUCGAAUUAUAGAAUACACGUAAAACAGUGUAAUCCUGUUCUUUUUGUUUAUAUAAAUAUGUGAACUUAUCAUGUUGCAUCGAUUUUUCAUUUUCUGUGUAUUACGACAAAGACACUGCUGUAAAUGGAUAUACACAAAUACUCUGAAAAGCUGUUUCUGUGAAGACGUUUGUUUGAGAAAAGGAUAUCGUUCUCCCAUCUUGUGAAGCCCUUAUUUAUUUUUGCACAUCAAAAUAUCUUUACAUACAAUUGCCUUAAUUGCACAUGUACAAACACACACACCAGCCUGAUAUAGUCUAACAGAAAUCAACCUACUUUCUACAGUCAGCAAUACGAUCCAAGCUUGGUCCAACAGACAGUGUUACUAAAUGUGAAGUAAUAAUAAAGACUAUUAAAUGGUUUA